GGAGACGGUACGUAGGCGGCUCACGCCAGCACCCCCUUCCCCCACCACAAUUCCCAAAUUACCAAUUUACCAAUUUACACACGGAAUUCAGACGAUAAACUCUUCCGUUUCCAACCCAAUUUCCAUCCAAAAACAACACAACAAACCCCUUUUAGGUUUCACUGUUUGAAGUUGUGUAUAUGUAUUAAUUUGGGUUUCAUAUAUGGAGGUUGUUGAGGUGUCGGGUGGUGGUAAACCCAUCAUCGGUGGUGGCGGCGGCGGCGGUGUUGAUAGGGUGAAUUCAGAAAGAAAUCAGAUUCGUGUGAAGAGGAAAACCCUAGAAGCAGUUCUUGAUCAAUGCCAACGAGCUCUUGAAUUGCUUAGCACUACUGGCUGUAUUCAAGAUGAUGAAGGAAGUGGGGAGGAAGUCGUCGAUGAUGAUGGUGAUACUACGGAGCCGAGCAGCGGUCGUCGUGAGUCGUCGACGCAGCCACAGGAUGGAGAGGCUGAUUUGCUAUGCAGUCUACUCAAGUCAAGAGUUGAAUGUCCGGAUUUUCUUGAAAAACUAGAGAGUGCACAGGUUACAGUUCCGCAGAAUUUAGCUGAAGAAAAUAGUUCUUGGGACAUGGUCAGUGAAAACGAUUUAUGGGAAGGAGGAAACGUCGUGUCGGAUGAAGAUUAUGUUUUAGUUAGGCAAGAUGAUAUUGUGGAUGGAAUUGCAUGCUUCAUGGCUGCAUAUCUGCUUUCCCUUAAAGAAACUAAGGAUUUGAGUCCGAAACAGCUUCAGGACGCCCUUAGCAAGACAUUCUCCAUGAAAAAGAAAAAGGGAAAGCUUCGAAAGGCAUGGGAUGGAAGCAAAGUUAUCUAUAACGUUGCUUCUUGGGGUGCAACAGCAAUCGGGAUCUACCAAAAUCCUGCUAUUCUAAGGGUCGCAUCCGCGGCAUUCUGGACUUCAUGCAAUGUGAUAUCGAAGCUUUUCUAAAGGAGCUCCGUUCAUAACUACAAGAAGUGCAACAUGGUGUGCUUAACGUGUCUUUCGAUUGCUCUAACCUUGUUUAGUCUGUAAGUAUUAUGAAAAGCUUUCGUUCCUAGCGUUGUAUAUAAUUCAUUUGCGAUACUGUAGUUGCUUGGUCAGGCUCGUUCUUUUAUGAUUGGAAAUCGUUAUUCGUUUGUUCAAA